AAAUAUUAAAAAAAUAAAAAUAAAAGUAAUUUACUUUAUUUAUCCAUCCAUCAUCCCAAUUCCCAAAUCGGGUUUAGCCUAAACAUAAGCAAUGCAGCCACCAUCUCGGCACUCCAGUUUCUUCUCCUCACUCAAGCAGGUUGAGAAACGAUUGAAACUUGAAGAACAGACACAACACCCCUCCUCUUCACAACCAGUUCAAGAAAGCGACUCUAAAUUCACAUCAUCAACAGAAUCGCUUGGCUCCCCGAUAUAUCUCCAGUUUGACCAAACCCACAACAACUCAACUCUCCAAGAAAGCGGCAACAGUGAAGCCCCACAAGCAUUUUUAUCUUUGUCUCCUGAAUUUCCACGUUCAACCCAACAAAGCCCUCCUCAGAUAAACCCCACAACGACCCAAGAUCAAGAAUCUAAUGAUGUUGAUGACAUUAAAAUGUUAAUGCAGCUUCUGGGUAUAUCCGAUCAUUUUGAAGAGAGAAAUGAAAAAGAGGAAGAUAGGGGUGGUGUUGGUAAUUGUUGUGAAUGUGAAGGGGGGUUUUAUGAAAAGAUUAUUGGAGUUAAGGGACCCAAGUGUGAGAAGGAAGUGGAGAGACUGGAGGGAUGGAUUAAGUACUUUUUGGGAAGUUGCAAAGGUGAGGAGCCUUUGAGGUUGGCUUAUUUGCUAAUGGGCAAAGCUGCUUUUGCUUUAGAUCGUGAUGAAUGUGGAUUUGGUGGCUUGGAGUUUCCUUCCACCAUAGAUGGAUUCUUAAAGAACGAUCCACCCAAAGAGUAAAAGCACACUUCGUAUGCUGGCUAUACUUCAUGGAAUUAACUUGUACUAAGUGUGACUAGUUAGUUGUUAUUCAUUGUUGCUUUUGUGAAAUCUGAAUAAAUUUAUCAAUUUUUUCACUUGUUUGU